CGAACUUUCUCUUCUCCACCCCAACCCCCUACCCUCUCUCUCGCUCUCGCCGUUUUCUUUUGAUCUCGAUCGAUUCUCUGGAAGAAAGAAGAGCGAACCAUCGAACUCUAGGAGGAGCGGUCCAUGGAGGCAGGGGAGGGUUCCGAGGCGGCGGCGGCGGCGGCGGCGGGAGGACCGGAGGAGCCGAGGGGGGAGAGCGAGGAGGAGGCCUUGCUCUCCAAGGCGCAGAAAUUAAUCUCGAAGAUCGUCGCCACCCAGGCGAACCCUAACCCUAGGCUCCUCCACUCCCUCGCCACCAUGCUCGAGGCCCAAGAAGCCAGAUAUGUGCAAGAGUCUGGGAGUUCAUCUUUUAACAAUGCUCGGGCAUCUCAUAGUAUUGGAAGGCUGUGCAACUUAGUGCGGGAAAAUGAUGAAUUUUAUGAGGCAAUAUCAUCAAAGUUUUUGUCAGAAAGUAGAUAUUCCAUUACUGUCCGUGCAGCAUCUGCCAGGAUUCUUCUCAGCUGCUCUUUAGCUUGGAUGUAUCCUCAUGUUUUUGAUGAUGCUGUUCUGGAUAAUGUUAAAACUUGGGUGAUGGAGGACCCUGUAGUUUAUGGUGAUGAAUGCAAUUGGAAGCAAGAAUUGGGGAGUAAUAAACCUACAGAUUCUGAAAUGCUGAGGGCUUAUGCUACUGGACUUCUUGCAAUGUCAUUGGCUGGGGGUAGCCAAGUGGUAGAAGAUAUCUUAACAUCAGGUUUGUCAGCAAAACUUAUGCGUUUUUUACGUACAAGGGUCUUUGGUGAGGCCAGCUCUAGUCAAAGGGAUACUAGUUUUCCACCAGAGGUUAAACAUGCUUUAGUUGCUAAUCCUACAAGAGGUAGAGAUGAGAACAGAGGCAGAUCACGGCAGGUUUUGGAUACCUCUCGAUUUGAUGGUUCAAGGAUUGUAGAUGAAGCUUUGUUGGGUGAUGCAAGUACUGAUAGGGAUGUUGAUAGAAAUAUUGCUAUCAGGCAAGCAAAUGGAGAAUUAUAUUGGGCAGAUCGUGGUGAGUCAUUAAAAUCUGAGCUCACUGAUUCUUCAUCAGAAGUUGUUGGUACGUAUGAGAUGGUUGAAGAAGAUGCCGAUCUUUCUGGUGAUGGAUGGCACAAUAGAAAUUUACUUGAUGGGAAGUCAAAGUAUGGUGAGAGACAUGUUGCGGGCAGAUCUACUAGAGAUGAAGAUGCAGAUGAAAAUGUGAGGGAUGACUCAUCGAGGCGAAGGGUGAACCGGGGAUGGCCAAGGAUCAGAGGAAAAGGAAGGUCUAAUGAAGGUAUCUUAGAAAACGAAAGGACUCCAAGUUCUGGAUUGCGAUUAGGUGGAAUGAUUCGGGGUUCCAGAGAUAGAAAUUCACCAAAAAAUGAAGAGAUCAAAAAAGUAGUUGACAUAAGAAACAACUGGAGCAGGAUUGAUGGUGAUGGUUUUGUUGUUGGAGAGGAUAAUGAUGAUAGAUUUAGAGACUGCAAUGUUGGCUCGAGGGAUAUAUCUGAAAUGGUAAAGAAAGCAAUAGGUGCUGCAGAAGCUGAAGCUAGAGCUGCUAAUGCACCUGCUGAGGCAGUCAAAGCUGCAGGUGAUGCAGCAGCUGAACUUGUCAAGACUGCUGCAUUGGAGGUUUGGAAAAGUACAGAUGAUGAAGAAGCUGCAGUUUUAGCCGCUUGUAAAGCUGCAUCUGCCGUUGUGGAUGCUGCUAUGGCAACUGAGGUCUCACGGAGUUCUAGCAAGGUUGAUGAGGAUUUGAUGGAUGCAAAAGCUGUGGAACCCAGAGAGGAUGAUGAGCUGGAAGACUUCAUUAUUUUGGAUGAUGAGUCUCUUGCACAGCAUAGGGAAAAAUACUGCAUUCAGUGUCUUGAAGUUUUGGGAGAAUAUGUUGAAGCUUUGGGACCCAUUCUGCAUGAGAAGGGUGUUGAUGUCUGCCUUGCCUUGCUGCAACGCAGUUUGAAAGACGAAGAGGCACCUGAUCACUUAGCAUUGUUGCCUGAGGUUCUCAAAUUAAUUUGUGCCCUAGCUGCUCAUCGGAAAUUUGCUGCAUUAUUUGUUGAUCGUGGUGGCAUACAAAAACUUCUCUCUGUUCGGAGAGUCUCACAGACAUUCUUUGGUCUUUCAUCUUGCUUAUUUACCAUUGGUACACUUCAGGGUAUUAUGGAACGUGUUUGUGCUCUUCCAUCUGAUGUGGUGAAUCAGGUGGUUGAGUUAGCACUUCAACUUCUAGAGUGCCCUGUAGAUCAAGCUAGAAAAAAUGCUGCUAUUUUUUUCGCUUCUGCAUUUGUCUUCAGAGCAGUCUUGGAUUCCUUUGAUGCACAGGAUGGUCUACAGAAAAUGUUAAAUCUAUUACAUGGUGCUGCAUCCAUUAGAUCAGGUGGGAAUUCGGGAACAUUAGGUAUGCCAAAUGUAAAUCUCCGAAAUGAUCGAUCAUCUGCAGAAGUGCUCACAACAUCAGAAAAGCAGAUUGCUUAUCAUACCUGUGUUGCAUUACGCCAGUACUUCAGAGCCCAUCUUCUCUUGGUUGUGGAUUCUCUUCGUCCAAAUAAAAGUAGUCGUGGUGUAGCCCGAAGUAACCCUAGUGCAAGGGCUGCAUAUAAACCACUGGACAUCAGCAAUGAGGCUAUGGAUUCAGUAUUUCUCCAGAUACAGCGUGACAGGAAGCUUGGGUCUGCAUUUGUGAGAGCUCGUUGGCCUGCAGUGGAUAAGUUCUUAGCCUCUAAUGGGCAUAUAACCAUGUUGGAAUUGUGCCAGGCACCGCCUGUUGAACGCUAUCUUCAUGAUUUGGCACAGUAUGCGUUGGGUGUUCUUCAUAUUGUGACAUUUGUGCCCUACAGCCGUAAAUUAAUUGUUAAUGCUACUUUGAGCAAUGAUCGUGUAGGCAUGGCAGUCAUCUUGGAUGCUGCUAAUGGUGCUGGCUAUGUUGAUCCUGAGGUGAUUCAACCAGCAUUAAAUGUGUUAGUAAAUCUUGUAUGCCCUCCUCCUUCGAUUAGUAACAAACCCUCUGUUCCUGCACAAGGUCAACAGUCAGCUUCAGUUCAAACAUUAAAUGGUCCUUCAGAGAAUAGGGAGAGGCAUUCUGAAAGACAUAUCUCAGAUCGUAGUGUUCCGUUGGCUGUUCAGAAUGAGUCUCGGGAGCGCAAUGGGGAAUCUAACUUGGUGGAAAGAAGCGGUGCAACAGCACUAAGUACACCAUUUCCUGGUAGUAGUUCACAAACACCAGUGUCAUCAGGUGUAGUUGGGGACCGCAGAAUAACUUUAGGGCCUGGAGCUGGUUGUGCUGGUCUUGCUGCUCAACUGGAACAAGGAUAUCAUCAGGCAAGGGAAGCUGUUAGAGCACACAAUGGUAUAAAGGUUCUUUUGCAUCUUCUUCACCCUCGGAUGAUCACACCUCCUGCUGUUCUUGACUCCAUUAGGGCUCUGGCAUGUCGUGUCUUGCUUGGUCUAGCCAGAGAUGAAACAAUUGCACAUAUACUGACAAAGCUUCAGGUGGGAAAGAAGCUGUCAGAGCUUAUUCGAGAUUCUGGCAGCCAGGCAUCUGGAACUCAGCAGGGCAGGUGGCAGACAGAGCUGGCCCAAGUCGCCAUCGAGUUGAUUGCAAUUGUAACAAAUUCUGGGCGGGCAAGCACCUUAGCAGCCACUGAUGCUGCUGCUCCGACACUGAGGCGCAUUGAAAGAGCAGCAAUAGCUGCAGCUACUCCUAUAACUUAUCAUUCUAGGGAGUUGUUGCUGCUGAUUCAUGAGCAUCUCCAAGCAUCUGGUUUAACAGCUACUGCUGCUUUGCUACAGAAGGAGGCUGACUUGACGCCUCUGCCAUCAUCUGGAGCGCCAACACCUCCACUUCACCAAACUUCUGUCCAAGAAAAUUUGAAUGUGCAAGUUCAGUGGCCAUCUGGCCGUGCACCCUGUGGGUUUCUCUCAGAGAAAGGAAAAAUGAACCCACAAGAAGAGGAUUCUGGUCUGAAGUCUGAUUCAGCCAUGCCUUCAGUAAAGAAGAAACCACUGAUCUUCUCCUCCAGUUUCUCACAGGGAAAAAGUCAGCCUCCAUCACAGUCGUCCAUCAAUAAUAAAACAUCCAGUGGCUUAAAAAGUCCAUCUGCACCUUGUGGGGUGACUGAAGCUCCAUCUUUGUCUGCUCUGAAGUCUAAUACAGAUGCAGAGCUGCCACUUAAAACACCAAUUUUGUUGCCAAUGAAACGAAAACUAAUGGAACUGAAGGAAUCUUUUUCUUCACCAGCAAAGCGGCUUGUGACAACAGAGAUUGCAUUUCAGUCUCCAGUUAGUCAGACACCAAAUUCUGGUCGUAGAAUUUGUCUGUCCAUGGAUGCGGCAGGUCUAUCUCCUGUCGCCAGUUAUACUCCACGAGAUCCUUUUGGUCGGAUGACAUUGAGCAGCAGCCUUGGGGACGUUUCAGAUGAUCUCCAGUACCAGAGCACUCCAGGGGCAUCAGUAACACCCAUGGCGCAUUUUGGUCUGCCAGCUGACCCUCAACCUGGAAAUAUUGAACGGAUGACUCUCGACUCUUUGGUUGUGCAAUACUUGAAGCACCAGCACCGGCAGUGCCCAGCUCCAAUAACCACGCUGCCACCACUGUCUCUCUUGCACCCACAUGUUUGUCCAGAACCUAGCCGAAAUCUCAAUGCACCUGCAAAUGCAACUGCAAGGGUAAGCACCCGUGAAUUUAGGAAACAGUACAGUGGAAUCCAUGCCCAUCGUAGGGACCGCCAAUUUAUCUACAGCAGGUUCAGGCCAUGUCGUACAUGCCGAGAUGAUACUGCUCUAUUAACAUGCAUUACUUUUCUGGGCGAUUCUUCUCGUAUUGCAACUGGAUGCCACUCUGGUGAGCUAAAGAUAUUUGAUGCUAAUAGUGGAAAUAUAUUUGAUAGUCAGGCGUGCCACCAAACUCCUGUUACACUAGUUCAAUCGGCGUUUUCUGGUGGAACUGAGCUGGUUCUUUCUUCGGGCUCUGCUGAUGUAAGGUUAUGGGAUGCCACCACUAUCUCUGGUGGGCCAUUACAUUCAUUUGAAGGAUGCAAGGCUGCACACUUUAGCAACUCAGGGACCAUUUUUGCAGCCCUUCCUUCAGACACAUCUCGUCGUGAGGUUCUUCUAUAUGAUGUCCAGACCUGCAAUAUGGAGCUGAGUCUCACUGAUAGCUCAAACAGCCAUUCUGUCCCUGUUCGAGGACAUGCACAGUCUCUUAUACAUUUCAGCCCUUCGGAUGCAAUGUUACUGUGGAAUGGAGUCUUGUGGGAUAGGCGGAGUGCAGUUGCUGUGCACCGGUUUGACCAGUUCACGGACUAUGGUGGAGGUGGAUUUCAUCCUGCUGGAAACGAGGUUAUUAUAAAUUCAGAGGUGUGGGAUCUCCGGAAAUUCAAGCUUCUGAGAAGUGUGCCCUCACUGGACCAGACAGUGAUCACAUUCAAUGGAGGUGGUGAUGUUAUAUAUGCAAUUCUUAGGCGCAACCUGGAGGACAUUAUGUCAGCCGUCCACACACGUCGUGUCCGUCACCCUCUAUACCCUGCUUUCCGCACCAUAGAUGCCGUGAACUACUCUGAUAUUGCUACAGUCCAAGUAGACCGCUGUGUCCUUGACUUUGCUGCUGAUCCCACUGAUUCCUUUGUUGGGGUUGUUGCAAUGGAUGACCAUGAUGAGAUGUACUCCUCUGCACGGCUUUUUGAGGUUGGUAGGAAACGACCCACUGAUGAUGAUUCUGACCCUGACAAUGGAGGUGACACUGACGAGGAGGAUGAGGAUGAAGACAAUGAUACAUCAGAGGCAGAUGUGGACCCCAUCCUUGGAGCUGAUUUGGAUGGUGAUGGUGACACAGACUCGGAUGACAUGAGUAACGAUGAGGAUGAUGAUGAUAUUGACACUGGGGAUGAGCUCGAUGAGGAUGGAGAUUUCGAUGUUGAUGAUUUGGACUUCGGAGGGGGGCAUGGCUUGCUGGAAAUCACAGCUGAGGGCGAUGAGGGGGAUGAAGAUGACAGUGAGGUGGUGGAAUCUCUCAGCAGUGGAGAAGAGGAUUUUGCUGGCAAUGCUUUCGGGUUCUAAUUGUUUUAUUGCCAAGUUUGUGAUAUUGAAUUUUGAAUCCCAUCUGUAAUUAUUAGUUUCCUGGUUUUUUGGGGAGUAGGGAUUGGUAACAUACAUGGAGGCAAAUUGGGCAUGUAAGGGAGGAUAGCUGAAGAAUGAGAGAUUUUUUCUUUUUUUCUUGCCCCGUGGGAAAUAAUAAGUGCCCGUUAUGCAAUUCUUUGGUCUGUGGCUUAAUAUUGCAUUAACAUUAUGUUUUAGUUC